UAUGACAAGAUGUUAUGAGAAGAAUUUUUGUCUAAAUUUAGUCAAUGUUAGGAUUAAAUUGUCACUUUUCUAUUUUUGUAAGGUGUCACACUCCAAGGACCUGGAAAAAGUGCCAAACGAUGUCGCAAGUAGUAAAAUAUUUGAGAGCAAGGAAACGAAGAAAGAUUCGAUGCUCACAGGUGUGAGACUGCCUUUUCUGCACGGAUUCCUUCCGCGAGGACCCGGCCAGACUUUUCAUCUCACGCAGCUCGCGCACCCAUCCACGCUGCCGUCACAUCUUCACGUUUUGCCGAACCAUCAAUCCAUGGCCGAGCACCACUUCCAAGGAUUCUCAGCCUUCCUGGCACGUAGAAGAAGAAAAGAGGGCCGACCACGAAGACAAAGGACAACAUUCAGCGGCGAACAGACACUGAGGUUGGAAGUUGAAUAUCGGCGGGGAGAGUACAUUUCAAGGGGACGCAGAUUCGAGCUCGCAACUUCCUUGAGACUUACCGAGACGCAAAUCAAAAUCUGGUUCCAGAAUAGGCGCGCUAAGGACAAAAGAAUCGAAAAGGCGCAACUAGACCAGCAGUAUCGAAACUUCGCGGUAUCGAACGGUCUGGUGAAUCUACCGCUUUACAAUGCGACAGGAUUCUGCGGCCUCUGCCUGUACAAAGAUACUUACGGAUCGAUGACCAAUCACUCCUGCAUCUCCAGCAACCCCGUUGUCAUCAACUCGUCCUCGAAGGAUCAGCCACGUUACAGCAGUAGUAGUAGCGAGACGUCUGAUAAUCCGCCGAAUCUUGUGUCCACGACUUAAUUAAAUCCAACGUGCGAUCGCUAUGUUCA